AUUUUUAGUCAACUCGUACUGUACGCAUGCAGCCAUGUGACGAUAAUAACACUUUAGUCACGUGGCUUUAUGCUGUAUUUCGGCCGUCGCUCCUCGGCGCAAAAUGCAGAAGAUCAUGAUGAUCAUGCAGAAAGCGCAGCGGAACAGUGUUUAAAUUAGUUCAGCACAAGAAGAAAGAGAAUGUGCUGAGAAACCAGGCGGGAAAUGGCGACGAAACGGAGGGAAAGGGCAGCUCCUUCCAGAGCAGGCGCUGUUUGGUCGCCUACAGCCGCCGUGGGGCUCUGAGGACUGGCCUGGAUCCAGGAGGACGCCGGAGAGGAGCCCUCCAGCGAGCGGGCAGCGCUCAGCCGAGCAUCCGCGCCUGACUUGCGGCUCGAUCGGCAGCUCAGCCGGCGGGGAUCUGCGCUCCUCUGCCCCCCGCGCGUACCGUGGCGUGGAGCGCUUGGCAAGGAACGGGGACACACGCGCUAGCCCGCUUCCUAGGCUAGAGGAUCGAUCGCACCGCUCCCACGGACGUGCGCGGAGGAGAUGUGCCACGGGCUGCGCGCUCAGCUCCUCUGACGCGACCCGCAGUCCCGCACCCCGGGCGCCGCGGUCAUGAGCCUUCUCGGCGCGUACAAGAAGAAGGGCGCCUACGACGGAUAUGAAUCGCUGCAGCUGGUGGACGCCGGCUCUGCGCCCGAGCCCGGGGGAGAGCGCGGCUUCAGCACCGCGGACAGCGCAGGCACUUCAUCUCCAGAUAUGGAUGCCAACUACAGCAGUGGCCUGCUGGACAUGGUGAAAGGGGGAGCCGGCAAGUUCUUCAGCAACUUCAAGGAUAACCUGAAAGACACCCUGAAGGACACGUCCACCAAAGUAAUGCACCAGGUUGCAAAUUAUACAAAAGGGGAACUGGACAUUUCCUACAUCACGUCAAGAAUUAUAGUGAUGUCAUUUCCUUCUGAAACAGUGGAGAUUAGCUACAGGAACCACAUAGAGGACAUGCGAUCCUUCCUCGAUUCUCGGCACAUGGACCACUACACGGUCUUCAACCUCUCCCAAAGGAACUACCGUGGCACCAAGUUCUCCAACAGGGUGUCCGAAUGCAGCUGGCCAGCCAGACAAGCCCCGAGCCUCCACAAUUUGUUUGCCGUUUGUAAGAACAUGCACAACUGGCUUCGACAGAACCCCAAGAACGUCUGUGUGAUCACCUGCAUGGAUGGACGAGGACCCUCCGGAGUCCUAGUCUGUUCCAUGUUCUGCUUCUGCCACCUUUUCAACAACCCAGUUCCUGCCAUGCAGCUCUUGAGCGCCAAGAAGCCUGGAUCGGGUCUCUGGCCCUCACACAGGAGGUACAUCGGCUACGUAUGCAGCAUGGUUUCAGAAAAACCGACGCUCCCCCACAGCAAGCCCCUGCUCAUCAAAACUGUAACCAUGAGCCCUGUUCCCUGCUUCAACAAGCAGCGCAGUGGCUGCCGGCCUUUCUGCGACGUGCUGCUUGGAGAGACCAGGAUCUUCACCACGGCGCAGGACUAUGAAAAGAUGAGAGAGCAUCGAGUGCAAGAAGGAAAAGUUGUCUUCCCUAUAGGUGUGAGUGCUCAAGGCGAUGUGGUGAUCUCCGUCUACCACAUGCGGUUCACGAUUGGAGGGCGGCUCCAGGCAAAGGUUUCCAACACACAGAUAUUCCAGAUCCAGUUCCACACUGGGUUCAUUGCUCCAGGCACGACUGUUUUAAAAUUUAUUAAGCCAGAGCUGGAUGCCUGUGACUCACCGGAGAAGUACCCCCAGCUGUUCCACGUGGUCCUGGAAAUGGAGGUGGAGAGCACAGAGAAACAGAAGGACCUCACUCCACCCUGGGAGCAAUUCCCCAGCAAGGACUUGAGUCCCAGCAUCCUCUUCUCCUGCCACCAGGAGUACCUGGAUGCACUGGCUAUCGCAGAGCCUGGGAGAUCCACCAGUGGCACAGACAACCGAUCUGGUCAGGCCAACGAUGAGAGCGAGCCUUCAGAUGAUGAGAUGCUCUCCCUGUCAAGCCAGCAGAGCAACGUUAGCAAUGAGAAGGGUGGUGGCCUUCUGGCCACAGCCAAGAAGCCUGAAGUGCAGCCUCCGAUGGCCCCGCCCCCCUUGGAGGAUGUGGACCUGCUGGGCCUAGACGGUGGUCCUGAUGACCACACCAGCACCUCCCCUCAGCCACCAACCAACACUGAGCUGCUCAGUGACCUGUUUGGGGCCUGCCCCCAGCAAAGCAACAGCUCUGCAUCCACACAGUCCACCCCCCGAAAGUCUACCACUUCACCGUCUCCUUGUCCAUCACCCCACCAUGCAGACAGUUUUGAUCCUUUUGGUACCAGUUCCAGCCCCAAACAGCAGGAGUUUAUGGGCUUGUUACUCGGGCCAGGUAACACGGGCCAGUUGGAUCCUUUCCUGCAUGCAGCACGAUCUCCAUCCCCCACCAUGCAGAACACAAGCAUGGGCCGGAACUCCCCGGUGCCCCCCACCACACCGUCCAUCCAGCAGCAGAAGCCAAUGGGAACGUGGGACUGGAACAAGCCAGCAUCUCCAGGAGGCUUUGGGAUGGGAAGCAAGUCAGCCAGCACUAGCCCUUCUGGGUCAAUCCACAGCACACCAACUCAUCAAGCCAAACCCAACACAUCUGACCCGUUUGCUGACCUCGGGGGACUAGGCGCUUGUCUGGGAGGAGGCUCUGGCUUCUCCAGCAAGGCCACCACCCCGACAGGUUCUGGGGGUGCCUUCCCGCCCGCGAGCUGUCCGCAGCGGCCGUCUCCACAGCAUUCUGCGAGUGGAGGCUGGCAGCCUGGCACCAGCUUCCCCUCUUGGCAGCCUGGUGGGGGAUCACAGUGGCAGCCCCACCAACAGCAAGCGAAGCCCACAGCUUCAUCCAUGUCCCACUCCUCCCCCCAGAACCGACCCAAUUACAAUGUCAACUUCUCAAGCAUGAGUGGAGCCUCCCCCAGUGCAGCCGGCAAACAGACCUCCAACAUGGGGAGCAAGCCUAAAGUGACAGAUGUCAGCUUUGAUGACCUUCUGUCUGGACAAGGGUUCCCUGGCACUAAGGAGAAGAAGGGUCCAAGGACCAUAGCUGAGAUGAGGAAGGAGGAGAUGGCUAAGGAGAUGGACCCAGAAAAGCUGAAGAUCCUGGACUGGAUCGAGGGGAAGGAGCGCAACAUCCGGGCCCUGCUCUCCACCAUGCACACGGUCUUGUGGGAAGGCGAGACCCGCUGGAAGCCUGUGAGCAUGGCUGACCUUGUCACUCCGGAACAGGUCAAGAAGGUGUACCGCAGGGCCGUGCUGGUGGUCCAUCCAGACAAGGCCACUGGACAGCCCUAUGAACAAUAUGCCAGGAUGAUUUUUAUGGAAUUGAAUGACGCCUGGUCCGAGUUUGAAAGCCAAGGACAAAAGGCCCUUUACUGACGCUGGACAGGAUCUAUGUUGCUGUCCUUUGCCUGCGGCUCAUCACAAGAGUAAGGACCUCUUACGUCCGUGCUGUUGCUCUUCCCUCCUCCCUUUCCGCAACGUUAUCGUCACAAGGAUUUGGCUCCAUUGGGACCUCAAUGUGUAGGUGCUAACUGCACAGCUGCGUGGGCAUAAGGCUAAGCCAUUCACUAUGUGCUCACUCUGAUGUUAGAGGUGAACUUGUUCUGCAUUUUUAUGACUCCUGACCUUAAAAAAAUCAUACUAAGUGUGAUAUAGCGAUAACUGAGAACAUGUAUUGAUCUUCACAGUUGAUGAGAGACUGGAUAGUCGCUGUCUAAGAUCCAUGAUAUGUCUAACUAUGCACUGGGAACAAAUUUGUGUUUAAUACAAGAAUACGAGCAGAACUUUGUUGAGGCAAGGAACCAUAGUACCCUUGCAUGAAUACAUGAGAAACAUGGAAAUAAAUGCAAUGUGAAAAUUUU